GCCAUAUCCACGAAGAAGAAAAAGAUCCUUCCAAAAAAACAUAUUUGUUGAUGUUUUUAAAUGAGCUUUUCUCUUUAUCGUCCUUUUUUUUGUCCGCCUUCCUACUGACACUCCGACAUGUAUCCGUCCUUUGCCAGAAUGGCAGAGCAACAUCAGCGGUGUUUCUUCCGACACAUGAGCUGUACAUCCAAUAGGAGGAGGGCGAUGCGCAGCUCCUUCCCAGUACUAGACCUCCCACUGCAGGCCAUCCACCAGCAUGUUUAUGAGGCCAACCUUCGAAACAGCACCACCUGCCACAACAAGUAUACGGAGUUGAGGAAGACGUUGACUAAAGGAGGUGGAGACAAAGCUAUUGCCAGACACACACAGAGGAACAAGAAGUUGUUGGUUAGGGACCGAUUGCGUCUACUGUUGGAUGAUGAAGACUUCCUAGAGCUGUCACCCUUCGCGGGUCUGGGUCUUCCAUAUGGGGAUAUUCCAUCAGCUGGCUGCCUGACAGGUGUUGGCAAGAUUAAUGGCCUCUGGUGUGUCUUUAUUGCCAAUGAUGCCACAAUUAAAGGGGGCACAGCUUAUCCCAUCACAGUCAAGAAGCAACUGCGAGCACAAGAGGUGGCCAUUCAGAAUCGUUUACCCUGUGUAUACCUCGUCGACUCUGGAGGAGCUUUUCUACCUCUGCAGUCGGAGAUCUUUCCUGAUAAGAACCAGGGAGGCAGGACGUUUUAUAAUGAAGCCAUCAUGUCCGCAAUGAAGAUCCCACAGGUGUCGGUGGUGUGCGGUUCAUGCACAGCGGGUGGCGCUUACAUCCCCACCAUGGCAGAAGAGGCAGUGAUGGUGCACCGAAUAGGGACCAUGUUCUUGGGUGGACCGCCUCUAGUCAAAGCUGCCACAGGAGAGGAAGUCACACCAGAGGACCUUGGAGGAGCUAGGCUUCAUGCCGAGGUGAGUGGAUGCGUGGACCAUUUUGCCUGGGAAGAAAAAGAGGCGUUUGAGUACACCCGGAACAUCAUAUCUACACUUAACUUCACACUCCCCGAGGAGGAGGACGAUGAAGAGAAGACGAAGAGGAAAAAAGAAGAGGAGAAACCACUCUAUAGUUCAGAGGAGCUUCUGGGUCUUGCCCCCAGAAGUUACAACCACAGUCUGGAUGUUAAAAUGGUUAUUAGUCGGCUGACAGACGGCAGUCGCUUCCAGGAGUUUAAAGCCUGUUUUGGAACCACACUCAUCACAGGGUUCGCAAAGAUACAUGGUCACCUUGUAGGAAUAGUCGCCAACAAUGGACAGCUGUCAUAUAAAUCUGCACUGAAAGGAAGCCACUUUGUCCAGCUGUGUGACCAGAGAGACGUCCCACUCCUCUUCCUCCAGAACACUGCACCAUCAGCAGCACUAACCCUCUCCUCAACGCAGGCGGAAAUGAACAGCAAUUGCCUGAAGGCUCAGGGUUCAAUGAUGUCAGCAGUGGCUUGCGCCUCAGUGCCCAAAAUCACCGUGGUGAUAGGAGGUUGUCACGGCGCUGACAGCUAUGCAAUGUGUGGACGGUCCUUCGACCCCAACUUCCUGUUCGUGUGGCCCAAUGCCAGAGUGUCCCUGGCAGCCGCCGGUCACGUCGGCGCUCUGCUUCACGGCCACAGUGAUCAGGAAGAGGAGACACGGAACAUGGAGAACCACCUAAACAGGACGUUCCAGGAGGAGAGCUCAGCUUUCUUUUCCUCCGGACGACUCUGGGAUGACGGAGUCAUUCUGCCUCAAGACACACGGCGGGUUCUCCGAGACUGCCUGAAUAUCAUCCAGCAGCAGCAGUAUCAACUUUCAACAGAGAAACCGCGAUCACCUCUUCUGCGGAUUUAAAAACAUCUAUUUCGGAAAGUCUUUUGUAGCAUUUUUCAUCAUCUGCCAAUGUUGAACAGGUUCGGGGUGAACGAGGGCCUCUCCUUGGAUCAGGAGGAACUCGGUAUAAUCUGGACUGGAUGAGAUUUGAUUCGAGUCAAAUUUCACAUACCACUUCCUGAGUGUUGAGUAAACGGUUUUCUUUUCAUU